AUGGAGGCGAUUGCUACUAUCGACUUUGAUCGAUACGCACCCGUAGUCGUGUACCCCCCCCCGAUAACGAGAAUGAGAGGAGAGCGUUCACUGGGCAUGUGGGUUGAGUGUGACCCGUAUAUCACUAAACACAUUACAGGGGCACACGCUGCACAACCUUGUACUGUGAUGAUGAUCGGGACGCCAGCGAUUACAACUCAGUCAUUGUUCACUGAGAUAAUCGAGCCGAGAAGACUUUACAUCCUGUUCUCUCGCAUGGACAGCAGCAACUCGGACAUGACCGCCAUCAAGGUGACUGACAUACAAUACCCCGAUCCGAUAUCACUGGACUCUAUCAUAUCGGCCGCAAAAAACUAUCUAGUAUACCCAGCUUUGUCGGCCGUGCUGGGAUUCAUCACGGGCGGGCCGACCGGCGCGGUGGUGGCAGGGGCAAGCCAUGUCAUCAGUAAGGCCUGGUUCCGACUCAACACCUGGAUGUGGUGA